AUGAAGUUGCUUAAAGUUAUGCAUGCCAAGUUCGCAUGUCAAUUUACAGAUGGUGAACAUAUGGAAGACGAAUCAUCUUCUUCUGUUUCUCAACUAUUUAAUGGAUUCCAGACGAUCACAACUCUUGAAAAAGAUGUAUUCGUCACUGAUCUAGCAACACCAAAUUUUUCCACAUAUUUUAAGAGUACAUCGAAAAAUGAAACCGGGACAACAGAAGAUGAAAUGAAGAAGAUGACGAGGGCUGUAAAGUAUGAAAACGAAGCAAUCGGUAACGCAACUAUACUUAUAAAGGACCGUAGAACUUCACUAUGGGAGCUGUUUCAGAAAACUAAAACGGUAGAGAAAAAAAACGAACCUGUAAUGAAAAAGAUACUGAAAAGAAGAUUGAUUCAGCCUUCUUCUAAGGACUAUACAGUGGCUCCUGUAGGAACCAUAAAUUUAGCUAAUUCAGCUGAUGAAAAACUCCACAAGAUCCUACGUAUACUACAGAGAGUUCACCCCGAAGCCUUAGCUAUCUCACAAAAAUCUCAAAACCUGUGGAAAUAUGUGAUGAAAAGCAACUGCACAAAUGAGGGGUGUAGAAACAAAAAUCAAAUGCUAUCCGAAGAUAUCAUUAUAUUCCCUUUUAGGGCUAUUUCUGAAAAGAGUGAAAACCACACAAAGAGCAACAUGUCCAAUCAUCUCAUAUAUGGUGGGGGUGAUACCAACUGGAAAACAGAAUGCUGGAUCAAAUCAGAUGCAGAAUAUCUGAUAUUGGAAUUGUAG